AAAAGUUUCCCCCUUUCAUCUGAGUGUUAAAAAUAUCUGUGGAUUAAUCAGAAUCAUAAGGCUGCUUAGUUCGGUGCAGUCCCCUUGCAAGAUUUGGUUCCUUUAAAUGGUUUUCGUUUCAAAGAAUGAACGGCAACAACGAUCCCGUUCAGAUGUCCAAUCAGAGAGCAGUGAAUUGUCGAUAGAAAACCUGGCAUGGAGAUGCGACUCCAAAAGAAAUGAACUCGAGUGAUUCUGAAAUCAGGAAUAUAUUCCAGGAGGACGGAUGUAAGCCUCCACUAUCGGCUGUGAAUGAGCAAUCGAUAUUAUGCAAUAUUUCGAGCACAAACAAUGAAAUGCUAUUCACAGACAGUGAAAUUCUACCUGCGAGAGUUGAAGAGUCAUCUACAAGUAGCAAUAUCACAAUCACUACUCACGAAUCGUUUUUAGAAACAAGACAUAUUGAGAAAGAGGAGAAAAUGGAUUAUGUGGAAGAAGAAAUCGUUUCUGUAAACGUGGAAUCAAUCCCAGUUGUUGGGUUUUCCCCGAGAUCCGAACAUCAGUAUGAAUACAAGCAGAAGACAUUUAGCGUAUACAAAUAUACCCAUGUAGUAAUUGAUGGUAAAUUUUGUUAAACGGUGGAAAUAAGUUUGAAAUAGGAUUUAAAUUUAAAUUUAUUUAUUAAAUUAAAUUAAAUUAAAUUAUAUUUAAAUUCAAUUGAAAAAUGAAGCAAAAUCCAGUCUCGGUCAGACGUUGUUCAAGGUUCCGUUUAAUUUCUUAAAUUUAUUGCAAUCUUUAACUAAAUCUCUUACAUAUCAUUCUACCUAUAUCCUGACAC